AUGCGAUUGUGCUUUGGAGUGCUAUUAUGCGGACUUCUUGCAGUGCAGAUAGCAAAAUGCAUAUACAUGACGCAGAAUGAGAUGCUGGCGUGCAAAAUCAAGCGCGUGGGCCGCAUGGGCGGAAGGCCCGUGUAUGUGAGCCCGUGCUGGGGCGGGCACCCGGUGUGCAUAGCGCAGAUUUGCCGGCUGGGGUAUGUGUACAAAAUGCGGGCGCACUCGUGCAUGGUGAACACAAGCUUCAGUCUGUUGCCGGACAGGCACUUAGACGAGCAUACGUAUACGAGAGAGCCGGAGAAGGACGAGCUGCAUUCGGGAAUGGUUACUAGCGAUGGUAGAUACAGCGUAAAGUUCCACAGGGCGCUGCUGCAGAUGUUUGGGCUGCGGAAAUCUAGCGGGCCGGAGUACGACUGCGUGACAGUUGAGUGCGCGCGACCAGGCUCUUUUAUUCAGCUCCUCCAGGAGGGCUGCAAGACGCAAAAAGAGGCGCACUAUGUGCUGGCAGCGCUGCUGCUCCUGAGCGAGGGCGUGGACGUGCCGAUUGAGCUGGCUGAAGACAGGGUGACUAUAAGAAAAAGAAAAGGCAUCAAUGUGGUGCUAGUUAACGCCCACGUGGGAGGGGAAGCUUUAGGAAUCAGGAAAGGGCAGCUUUCCGAGACUUGGCAGGUGAUAAACUUCUUCAAGCGGUACAGAGACACACACAAAAUGCCGAGCACGUACGAAGAAUUUGAAAAGGGCGACUUUCUGGAGAGCCCGCAGCUCCUUAUUCUCACGUACAUAGGCGAGUACGUGAAAAACGCCGAGGAGCUUAUGUCUGUGAUGGGGUGCGCAUUUAAGCUUGUGGAGGGCAUGGGCUUAGCAAAGAGCCUGGAAGACCCGGACAGCGUGGCCAGCCGGCUGUUUGUGCCUGCGAGCCGUCUGCCCAAGGCGCAGGCGUAUCUCACGCCGUUUCUAGAGACGUUUCCUGCUUUAGCGGCCUUGGAGCGCUUUGAAGAGUUUAAGUGCUUUCAAAGCGAAGCAGAGGCACAGAAUAAAGCAGAAAAUGCCUCAGGCCGAGAGAAGAGAUGCUUUGGCGAGCACGGUACGAACAGCAGGUUUAUUGGCGGGUGCUUGCUCUUGCCGUUUCUUGCGUUUGACUCUGAAAACUACGGAUACAGCCUGAAGGGUCUUCUGCGCGGGGCCGAGAAAACGGAGGAGGUGGAAAAAACCAGGGCGUUUUUUGGUGAGCUGCAGGCGUGCAUUGAAAAAAAGUGCUGCUCUUUCGGGCUUCCCAAUAACAGACAACAGCAGAGGUACAGGGACCUGUGGGUCAAGAUGAACACGCAGUUUAAGGAGGCGCUGGGGAAUGCAGCGCCGACGCUUUUAAACCAGAUGCGCGUGCUUGCGCAGAUGGCCGGGCGGCGAAAGGCCGUGAUGGACGAGCUAGCAGCGCACCAGGCGGCGAUGGACGCCAAAAGAAGCACAGAGUUGACCCCCGAGGCAAUUGAGAGCGUUCGGGCACUGCUUCGCUCGAUAGCAGUGGACAAGCGCGUGAAAGUGGCCAUUCAGCCGCAAUUGGAUGGUUCAGAGCCUGAAGGCUAUCUUCUUACAGUAAAGUAUGUGAAAAUAGGCGCAUUAGUUGGCUGGCAAAUUCUAAAGCUGACAUUCAGUAAAAAAGGCUUCUGGAGGAUAUGUCUGGGAAUGCCACUCUUGAGCGCUUCUGACAAAUUGCAGAAGAAGCUGGACGUGGUGUCCAUGAAAUACCGGCAGCCUGGGCGGUUCUCAAGCUUUGUGCUUGCGGAGUGCAUGCACCAGAUGGGGAUAGGGGCAGCCGCGCAGAGCUCUUCAUAUGCAAUAACCAAUGCGCUGCGGGAGGCCGCGAGAAAGGCUGUCGAGCACAGUGCAGACAAGCCGAAUAGAGUGCUUUUAGCGCUGCCGGUUGCGGGCAAGGACAUCAGAAAAGAGCUUGUCUCUGCGCUUGUGCUGUAUUCCGAGCAGAAGAAGAUUGCGCUGACUCCAGAACACCCAAUAAGCCGGCUGGCUGCAAACGUGAUAGGGAGCAUCGACCUUGGCGACUUGGCAGCGCAGUGUAGGGUCUUGGGAGUGUUUUUGGUCACCGGGACUCUGCAUAAAUUGUGUCCGACGGUGCAGCUUGCCAAACAGCUGCAUCAGGAUAUUUGGUGUUCGCAGAGUUGUGCCGACUAUAACGAGCUGUAUCCCGCAGAAGAGGCGCGCAUGCUUAGAUACAAAAGCAUAAUGCAAUAUUUCCGGGAAUACGCUGUGAGAACAGGCAAGCCGCUGUACAUGUGCGAAAUGCUGAAAGAUGCUGCUGAAGGAUUAGUCUAUUGCAUGUUGAUGUCUGCGGACAAUCCGUGGGAAGCGCUAGAAGAGAUCUGCGUGCUGUUGCGGGCAGAGCACGCGGGGGAGGAUUUGCAGAGGGCUGAGGCUCUGAUUGCGCGGCUGCAGCAGUCCUGGGAGGAAAACUUCCAGAAUAAGAGGCUGCCAAAAAUACAGUGUGAGACUUCCGCCAGAAGUAUGUUGAGCCAGAAAUGA